AUGGAGGACAUCUUGUUUGAAUUGCAGUGGAACUCUAGUACAACUGCUCUGCUCGAAGUCUAUAAGGCUGUGAGUGGCAAGUUUGAAAGUAUUGAGUUCCUUCGGCAAAAGGCUGUUUCUAAUAAGUCUAACAGCAGUGCAGCAUUCUCUGAAGCCCUUGACAAAUGUCACGUUAUUCCUAUGAAGAAGCUACCCCAAGUCAACUGUUCCAGCAGGCACACUUUCUUGAAUUCCCAAAUGUCUUUUAAAAUCACUGUCAGUAACAGCGGCGACAGUGCUGAAAUCCAGCGGAGCCCACCUGAACUCCCAGAUUUCUUUCCAAAAAGAUCUAACAUCUUUGAGAGACUUCCUGUUCUCCAGAGAACACAGGAGACAAGAUGUCCUAAAACUGUUAGAGAGGAUUUCCAGCAGAAAGUGAAUGGUGGUUACAGCCAUUAUAAUUUGAUCUCUGAGAAUAACGUGGUGGACAUGGAGAUGGCAAAUAGUUUGGGGCCUGUGUGUAGACAGAACCUGCUUUCCCACUCAGGAAACUCAUUUGCCCGAGAACACCUGUUGCCGUGUGAAAGACUCCUCCAAGUUAGUCAGCUGAACAUGUCUUGCGCAGAUACCAGGCCUCUCCAAUUUCAAGACUCGGCAGAUGCUACCACUCCGUGCAUGAAUGGAAGUCACACUACUCAGCAUAUAAAACAGGAGUGCUUGGGUGAUUAUAAGGGCCUAUCUGAGGUUUCUGCACACAGAGGGAUUACUGACGGAAUGGAACUGAAAGGCUCAGGCGGCCUUCAUCUUGACCAUAAUAGCCUUACCAAUUCACUUUCAUCGCAAUUGUUUAAUAAUGAACAUAGUCCCUCCCUGGGCUCUUUGUCACUCAACAGCCCUCACCAUUCAAGUCGACCACAGGCAAGCAACCUGAAGAAGAGAUGCAUCUCUGUGCUGCCAUCUUCUGCUGAUGGGAUUGAUAUUACAACUAUCAUCCGCACAUCACAGACCUCGCUGGUUACCUGUGUGAAUGGACUGUGGACUAAUUCAGCUGGUGUUUCCUCUUCCCCUAGAGAGAUCACUCUCCAUAGUGCUCAGAAACCCUCUCGCCCCCAGUCCUGCUUGCAAUCUGGGAACCACUGCCAUAUUCCUUCCCCUUCGGUAUGCCUUGUCCCUGUUUCCUCUGAAACUAUCCGGGGGGACUGUGACUAUUCCCCAAUGCAGCACACAGGAGAGAAUGCAAGCUUCUGCCUUAUAAUGAAUACGGCUUCUGCUCCUCAGCCAGAUAUUUUACACAGCAAACAGAAGUUGAAUUUCUUAAAACAGGAACCACUUGAUGAAUAUACUUCUGCCUCCAGUCUUUUUCAGCAUCACCAAGAGCUGCCACCACCUUAUCAUUUACACGAGCAGCAGAGCCACAUUCAAGGGGCACUAACACAUUUACAGGCCUCUAUGUCUCCCAAGUCUCUUCAGAUGAGCGAAGGUGAUGAGCAGGAGGCCAGCGGCGGUAAGCAGAUCUGUCGAUGGAUUGAUUGUAGUGCUAUCUAUGAUCAGCAAGAUGAAUUGGUUCGGCACAUAGAAAAGACUCAUAUUGAUCAAAGGAAAGGAGAGGACUUCACUUGCUUCUGGGCAGGCUGUGUUCGCCGGUAUAAACCUUUCAAUGCUCGUUACAAGUUGCUAAUCCAUAUGAGAGUUCAUUCGGGAGAAAAACCAAACAAGUGUAUGUUUGAAGGAUGUAACAAAGCAUUUUCUCGGCUUGAAAACCUUAAGAUCCACCUACGAAGUCAUACGGGUGAGAAGCCUUAUCUUUGUCAGCAUCCUGGCUGCCAGAAAGCUUUCAGCAACUCUAGUGACCGGGCUAAGCAUCAGCGAACACACCUGGAUACUAAGCCGUAUGCUUGCCAGAUUUCUGGAUGCUCUAAACGCUACACUGACCCAAGCUCCCUUAGAAAACAUGUGAAGGCUCAUUCUGCCAAAGAACAACAGCUACAUUCAUAUUCUGAUGCAGAACGAGAAAUAUUAAGUGAAUGCUUAACUAUGCAGCAGCUUCACCCUCCUUCACAGCACAUUUUGGAUGGGAAAUGUGGGAGAUCAAUGAGCCACCACGAUCUCAUUACAGGGAUGUAUACUAGUUCCAGCACAAACCACAAUGGACCAUCACCUGGCCUUCUACCACCACAUCAGGAUGUUCUGUCGAGGCAACACAUACUCGAGUCGGCUCUCACUAGUGCACAUCAUCAUGUAUCAUCCAUAGAAAGUGAUGGAGAAGGGAUUGUUCCAAAUACUCUUGUUAGCCCACUGAAAGCUGUAGUUGCUCCUUCCCUCCUUCAGAAACACAGCUCAUCACCAUCACAGAGCCAGUCUCCAAAUGGGCAUCAUUUCUCAGCAAAUAAAUUAUAUCUGCCGUUUCCAAGCCAUUCUACGCAGCAGGGGCCACAAGGUUACCAAGGUAGCUUUCACUCUAUACAAAACUGCUUCCACUACGGAGAUUGCUACAGAACAAUGGACUCAUCUUUCAGUAGUGAUGUGCUAUCAGGAGAAUCUCAUUGCUGUAACCCUCUGCGACAAAAUGGAUAUCACAUCCUCAGUGCACCUGUAGCUUCAACGGGCUAUGAAGUCAUCUCUGAGGCAGAGAGCAUAUCAGAAGAAGUUAUCAAUGGAACUGAAGAGAAUAAUGGAUUUUUCCAAAAUGGCACUUUUGAUCACUGUUUAAAUCACAUUCCUCCCAUCUACACAGAUACCUAAGUCUAUCUUAAAUUGUUACUUUGUCUACCAUGCUUAUAAUGCCUUUUGUAUUUACAGAAUUGUUGUUGACCUACCUUGAUUGUAUUUAAUCUGCAACCUUUUAUGUGUUCAUUUAAAUCAACUGCUCGCAUUUACCAAUCUAUUUUAUAAAGGAAUAUACUGUGUAAUUUGUUGGUAUCUAUUCCUUUGUUGUGGCACUUUGAAACUGAUUCUCUUAAGGGAGAAGGAGGACCAUUUAAAACUGCUUGAUGUGUAAGUCCUUUUGAGUAAAAUAUAAAUUUAAAUUAUAAAAUAUGCUUGUAAAGAUUUUUUUUUAAGAAGUAUGUUUUCAAUUUAAGACUGCUGGUCCCUUUAAUCACAGUUAAUUCAUGGGAUGUUUUCUUGACUAUAAAAGGACUUCUUUAAAAUUCACAGACCUCAUGUACAUAAACGUUUUCUCUUUGCUGAGCAGGUU